ACUCAAGACGCCACAUGGUUUGCAGUUACGUUCAAACAUUCGGUGUGAUCAGAACGGAGUGACGCGGUGUGUUCAGGCUGCUGCCGCUGCUGCUGCUGCUGUGAGUCUUGCUGAUGUCGGUGUCGAUGUUUUUUUAAAUGGAACACAAAACACACCCUCGUGGGAGCGGUAUGCGUGUACGGGGAGAAAAAUGCUGCAAAUUGUAGUACCUUGUUCGAUCGGCUAAAAUCAGUGAUUGUUGUACGUCCAUUUUCGAUCACUGUUUAACGAGUUUCGCAUCGGAGCGGUUGUGUAGUAUUGCGGAUGCAGUAGUUCUCGACGAGGUUACGUAUCCGAAAGAAUAAUCCUGCCAUUCGUCAACCAGUUCCGUCAACCUCGAAGAGAUUCGUUUUUUUUUUUAAAUAACGUGACAUCAUCUGCUGCUAGUGGCCGUGGCAGAUAAAAAACCGAACCGAAGGACACAGGUGGAUUUUGUAACAACAGGUGUGUGUAUGUUUGGGCAAGAGGAAUUCCAAAACAAAGUAUUAAGACGGUGUCGUGCAAGACAAUCUGGUGACACCUUUUGUAACGCGACCGAUUCAACAAUCUGUGAGCUAUAUUUGUUUAUGCAGCGUAGUUAGUGUUGGCUGUUGGCUGUGUGUGCAUCGUUACAAUCGAACACCAUGGGCAGUAAACUGAGCACCUUUUGGCGCACAAACUGUUGCGAGUGUGCCUCGUGCGUGGACGGCAGUAGUGAGCAUCGAGGCUCCGCAAGGUGGAAUCCUUUAGCGAAUCAUCCUCUCGCUACCUUUGGAAUGGCAGACAAAAUUGAUUCUCCAUCCGCCGAGGUUCUGACAGUAAGAUCCGUUGAUCUUUGCAUCGAGGAGAAUGGGAAAGAUCAUCGCACCAUGCGCUAUGAGCUGAUGAGCCGGGAUGAGUAUAGUGGCAAGAUACCGAAGCUGGUCGUGCGUCGGGGACAACCGUUCCGAUUGCGUUUGGUGUGCGAUCGACCGUACGAUCGAAGUCGCGACGCGCUCAGUUUGAUAUUCACCGUAGCCGAUGAGGAUCAGCCAACGCACGGGCAUGCGACACUGGUCGGUAUUCCGGUCAAUCAGUUCCCGAACCAGCUGAGCGAACCACACGAAUGGGGCGCAGCCAUCGAGACGAUCCAUGGCGAUCUGUUGGAGAUCUUGGUUAAACCGGCCGCCACCGCUCCGGUCGGUCAGUGGAAGCUGGAUAUCGACACGAAGCUGCUGAGUGACGCGUUCGGUAAAAGUUACUCACUUCCUCAGGCGUUUUACGUGCUCUUCAAUCCCUGGUGUCCGGAUGAUUUGGUGUACAUGGAAGAAAAAUCACACCGCCACGAGUACGUGAUGAGUGACACGACGCUCAUCUACCGAGGAUCGUACAACCGGUUGCGUCCUUCGGUGUGGAAGUUUGGCCAGUUCGAAAAGCACAUCCUGGACUGCUCUCUGUUGCUGAUUUCAAAGAUCGGUAAGGUUAGUGCGACCCACCGUGGUGAUCCGGUGCGGGUGUGUCGUGCCAUCUCGGCGGCCGUGAACUCACCGGACGAUGAUGGAGCACUGUUGGGCAACUGGAGCACAGACUAUUCGGGUGGAACUCCCCCGACGAAGUGGGUCGGUUCGGUGGAAAUUUUGCAGCAAUUCUACAAGAAGCAGAAACCGGUCAAAUUUGCCCAGUGCUGGGUGUUUGCCGGUGUUGUGUCCACAAUUGCCCGUGCAAUCGGCAUACCGUCCCGGGUGGUAACAAACUACUCCUCAGCGCACGACACACAAGCCUCCCUCACGGUGGACUAUUUCGUAGACAAGAGCGGUAAGAUUAUGGAAGAGAUGAACGCCGAUUCCAUCUGGAACUAUCACGUGUGGAACGAGGUGUGGAUGCAGCGACCCGAUCUGGGCAUUAGCUCCGAUGGGGACUAUGGCGGUUGGCAGGCGAUCGAUGCUACUCCGCAGGAAUCUUCCGACGGAAUGUUCCGCUGUGGGCCGGCAUCGGUAUUGGCCGUGAAGUUGGGUGAGGUGCUGAAACCGUACGACAACAAUUUCCUCUUCGCGGAGGUUAAUGCCGACAAGGUGUUCUGGAGAUAUACGGGACCACAUCAUCCGCUCAAGUUGCUGCGGAAAGAUGUGCUCGGUAUUGGGCUGUUUAUCAGCACGAAAGCUGUUGGGCGGUGGGAGCGUGAGGAUAUUACCGCCAGCUACAAGUUUGCGGAGAAAUCGGUGGAGGAACGUGCCACGAUGCUGAAGGCGCUGAAGCAAGCCAACAGCUACUUUAGCCGGUACUAUCUGAAUGAGGAGUUCAACGAGGUGUACUUUAACUUUGAGCUGCGCGAUGAUAUCAAGAUCGGCGAGCCAUUUAGUGUGAUUCUGCUCGUUAAAAAUCGAUCAUCGGAAAAUCGGCAUGUGGUCGAGGGUUCCCUGCACGUAGACACGGUACUGUACACCGGAAAGGAUCGGGACAGUGUCAAGGUGGACACGUUCUCUGUAACGCUUGAGCCCGGAACCGAGCACUCGGUACGGAUGAUCGUCGAGUUUGAGGAUUACUAUCGCAAGCUACGCGACCAGGCCGCGUUCAACAUAUCCUGCAUGGCGACGGUGCUGGACACGGAGUUUGAGUUUUAUGCGCAGGAUGAUUUCCGUGUGCGCAAGCCGGAUAUAAAGAUAGCGCUGCUCGGAAAGCCAGUGUCGCAGGCACCGGUGGAGGUGCAGUUUACGCUCGAGAACCCGCUUCCGAUACCGCUGCGGAAGGGAGUGUUCCAUGUGGAAGGAACGGGCAUUGGAAAACCUUUGCUCUUUAAGCAUCCGGAAAUUGCGCCCGGAGAGAAAGUUUCGAAUGCCUUCACUAUGACACCACCGUACUCGGGACGCAUGACACUAGCUGCCAAGUUUACGUCGAAGGAGCUGGACGAUGUCGACGGAUUCCUGGCCUUUAUCGCUCAUCCACGUGCCGAAGAUAUCAUUAUGAACGUGGAAGAUAACGCAAUCAUUGCCCGUACGGACGUCAUCGAGUAGGGAAUGCCAAAGAUCCUGCCAUUUUUUAGGUCACUACUGACUUACUCUCUGUCUCUCUCUCUCUCUAUGUAUACCUAUUUAAUUACCCACUAACUGCCAACGCGACGUUCGGAUUGUGUUAACAUUGUUUUGAAAACAGUAAAGUGUAUUUAGUAAUAACAUAAUUUAAAACGCAAAUAAACAGUACACAAACCAACCAAC